UUUGAAAAUCAUCAACUUUUCGCCCUAUAUAAAUUAGAGGUCCUUCUCGGCUUGUGUUGUUAUCACAGGGUCUGGUAAUAAUCGUGGAGUGAGAAGAAAGGCUUGGCUAUACCACUUCACUUUCUAAGCCAAAAACAAGAAAGGAAAAAGAGUUUCAGUAAUAAAAAGAGAAAAAAAAUGGCUUCAGAUCCGAAAAUUCACACAUUUGAAGAGGUCGCUAAGCACAACAAAACCAAAGAUUGCUGGCUAAUUUUAUCUGGAAAGGUGUAUGAUGUCACCCCAUUCAUGGAUGAUCAUCCCGGAGGCGAUGAAGUUUUGUUAUCAUCAACUGGGAAAGAUGCAACAAAUGAUUUUGAAGACGUUGGCCAUAGUGAUUCUGCUAGAGAAAUGAUGGAGAAGUAUUACAUUGGUGGAAUAGAUUCAUCAACUGUUCCCCUGAAGCGCUCUUACAUUCCACCUCAGCAAUCCCAUUACAAUCCCAAUAAGACCCCUGAGUUCGUGAUUAAGAUUUUCCAGUUCCUUGUACCCCUCUUGAUCUUGGGCUUGGCCUUCAGUGUUCGGUACUACACCAAAGAGAAGUAGUGACAAUUUCAAUAUCUCUUGGCCACUCUUGCAGGGGUCAGGUGGGCCAUCUACAAUGGUUGAGUAGUUGAAUGAACAAUCAAUUCCCCUUGUUUAGUUUCUUUAUGGUUAGGGCGUGCUUUGAUUAAUUACCUGUUCGUAUAGUUCUAAAGUGUCAAUCGUAGUUCUUGGAUGUGUUUCGGAAAUUGAUGUGCUGCCAAUGACUCAAAUCUAUUUUGCUUGAUAAUAGAGUCACUUUGUUGUUGGUUUCCUUUUAACUUGGUUUUCCUUGUUGAUCGGCA